CUUGGCAUAUUUACCGCAAGCCAAACGGCCUUCUUUAUCUCGAUAAGUCAAUCGGUUAAAAGAUCCGGAGGUCUCCCGGUUUCCGCCGCCGCUCGAAUACCGACUACGUUAGGGAACUCCACCCUUUUUUGCGCGCCGUCCGUCACACGACGCCUCCGAUGUCUCAUUCGGCCUGAACCGGCGAGAGCGUAUUUUGAGUGACCAUGGCCGGCUCCGUGGACGCCCGCGACGAGAGCGCGAAGCUUCAGUCCGCAUCCGCGCCGAUGUCGACGUGGGCGCGCAUCCGGAGUAACGCAGUCAAGAUUUUCAAGCUUGUCUUGGCGCAGUGGCUCGUUAUCGGGUUCGCUCUCAGUUGUGUGUUUGCGUACUUUUUCCCGAAUGUCGCGGCUAGAGGUGGACCGAUCAGGUCAGAGUACACCAUCAUCUACGGCGGCAUCGCCAUCAUCUUCCUAGUCAGCGGCCUGCAGCUCUCGCACGCGAAGCUGAGGCAGAACGUGGCCAACUGGCGGCUGCAUAUUAUUGUUCAGGGGAUCAGCUUUAUUGUCAUUCCUGUAAUACUACUAAUCAUCGUCCACAUCAUCAUAGCAGCGGGCAGCCUCCGCACCCAAGCCCUCUCAACCCCCAUCAUAGUAGGCAUGGUUGUCGCCUCCUGCCUCCCGACAACAAUCGCCUCCAAUGUCGUAAUGACCCGCGCCUCGGGUGGCGACGACGCCGCUGCCAUCAUCGAGGUCGUCAUCGGCAACGUGCUGGGGAGUUUCAUCUCUCCUGGUCUGAUUUACGGCUUCAUUCCAAAAACGCCAGAGUUUGCAGACUGGCAGCCCGCGAACCCGAGUACCCUGGGCGCCAUGUACGCCAACGUGUUGAAGCAGUUGGGUUUGAGCGUGUUGUUGCCGUUGGCUGUGGGACAGGUUGUGAGGUGGUUUUGGGAGAAGAAGGUCGAUUGGGCGUUGAGGACGUUUUAUCUUGCUAAAGUAUCGACGUUUUGUCUGAUUCUGCUUGUUUGGACAACCUUCUCAGCAGCCUUCAAAACAGGCGCUCUCUACGUAACCCCCCACCCCUCCAUCAUCUUCAACGUCUUCAUGAACGUCGCCCUCUACGCCCUCUUCACCCUAAUCUGCUUCUACGCCGCCCGCCCCCCUCUCGCCCUCUGCAACGCAGUCAACCCCCGUCUAUCCGACUCCCGCCCCCUGCAGUCCCGCUGGGUCCCCAACUUCCUCCGGCGUGCCCUGACGGUCCGUCAGCUGCCGAGGGAGCAGAUGAUUGCCGUCUGCUUCUGCGGCGCGGCCAAGACGACGUCGUUGGGGAUCCCGUUGGCGACAGCCAUGUGGACGCAGUCGGAUGAUUUGACGAGGGCGCUGAUUCAGAUUCCGGUGUUGUUGUACACGAUUGAGCAGGUGUUUAUGGCGCAGAUUCUGGUGUAUGUGUUUAAGUGGUAUUUGAGGCGGGCUGCCAAGGCUGAGGGGGAUGGAACGGGGGAUGGAACGGGGGAUGAGGAGGGGGUAGUGUUGGGUCUGGCGGUGUGAGUGUGGCUGGGGGACGGGGAGAAGAGGAGGAUCGAUCGUCUGGUAAGUCGAUCGGUGAGAGGGAUGAUGAGAAGAAGGGCGGCAGAGGCACUGAGCAACAUGGUGCGGUGCCUGUCAAGACCAUUUAUGAAGCAUGAUUAGUGUCUAUCAAAUAGCGGGUGGCAUGUUGGGCAUAAUGCAGGCGUCUUACAAACGUGUAGAUAUGGUUCGUCGAUUACUCCUGGUAUCGAACCACGAGCCAAUCAACCGGCAGUCCUGGUUAAAUCAACUGCACCUUGAAUGUAGUGCCACGAAAAGAUGCCUUACCAUGCCACAUCAUCCUUCUCUACUCUUUUUUGGAU